AUGAAGCAAUAUACCGAAAAUGAGGUCCAACAGGCCCUUGAGGAUGUUGCAGGUGGAUGCAGCAUCCGUAGGGCAGCAUUGACCUGGGGAAUCCCCUAUCCAACCCUUCGCCAUCGCAUACAAGGAACCCAGUCAAGGGAUAUUGCCUUUGCUGGCCAGCAGAAGCUCUCUCAGACCCAGGAAAGCCUCCUUAGUGACUGGAUCACUACUCAGGCUGCCCUAGGCUUUAGUCCUACUCAUCAGCAACUGAGAGAACUAGCAAGGCGUGUCCUAGGUGAUCCUCAACCACUUGGGAGGAAGUGGGAUAUACCAGGCAGUCAGGGAUCCUCUAGUCAAUCAGCAGGCAAUAUAGGCAGCAGUCAGCAAUGGGAAUCUGCUGUUUCCGAAGUCCUAUGGUCAACACCACGAAAGUCUGCUGACCUUCAGCAUCAGCUUCAGCUGUUUAGUCAGCUGAGGCAGGAGUCCCAGAGCGUCUAUACCCAAAGGCAUCUAUUUCGGAAGAUCCAGAAGGGAUGGGAUAACCAGGCCUAUAGACUCGCCUUUGUGGAGCAUCAGAAUGAAGCAUUACAGGCCCACAUCAACAGCCAACAACAGGGUAGGAGAAAAAAGGUCCAGUUAGAUCCUAACACCAAGUUUGCUAAUAUAGGAGACAUACAGAGGGCCCAGAUUGAAGCAGGUGAAAGGGAGGAUGAUGCAGAUGAAUCCAGCGGGUCAGAAUUACCUAGUGAGCCAGAAAGCUGCGUCUGGCUGGGUCAGAGAUCAAUAUUGACUGACUGCCACCACGUUAGGGGCCCCAACUGGAUUCAUGGAACGGAAGAAAACCCGGUCCUGCAGAUAUCCCAAGAAGUUGGCGUCUCCUUGUGUGCUGUAGACGACACGAUGCAGAUCUUCGAGCCCAGCGGAAUAAGCAUGCCCAAGGCACUUGCAGACGAGGAGCUCGAGACUGUUUGGUCUCUCAUCGACGAGGCUUUCAAGUACAGCAACGAGGAGUGCCUCGAUAUCCGUUCAGAUCUGAGUCUUAAGGAUUUCUUUAAAAAGAAACUGAGCGCGAGCUCCUUGUCGCACGACCAGCAGGCUCGGGUCCUCCUCCUCGCUGAGAUGUGGGGGUCCUUCAUCGGCGAUUCCUGGGAGCGACAGAGCCUGAGGUGGUUUUGGCUCGAAGAGUGUCUUGAAGGCGAAAACCUCUAUGUCAUGGAGAGCCAUGGCCCCAUCGUACAACACGUGGCUGCAACGGCCUUGGAGCACGCCGACAUUCACCUCUCAACGAGGGUCAGAAGUAUCGAAAACUUGAGAAGUGAUAUGGAGGACCCAGUCGUUCUUGUAAGGACCGACGAUGCCGUUUUCAAGUUCGACGAGGUGGUCGUUGCGGUUCCUUUGGGAUGUUUGAAAAAGGAUCACAUCACCUUCGUCCCUCCGUUGCCUCAGCGCCUGCAAACGGCUGUCGGAAACGCUUCCUACAGCAGCCUGGAGAAGGUCUACAUCACAUUCCCAGUCGCCUUUUGGGAUCGUAUCCAGGCGUCCAGCAAUGUCCCGGUUUCAAACCAAUGUUCCACUGUCGAAGGAAAUGAGGCACAAAGGGAGAAGACGGGUAUUACUUCUCCCAGCUUUUUCCACUUCCUACACCCAGAGUAUGUACCGGAGAAGCAGCAGCACUGGUCGAUCGAACUGGUUCCGUUGUCGUCAGCCGCAGUGUUCGGGUCCCACGCGAAGCCGACGGUUCUCAUCUACACGCACGACCCCUGCGCGGCGUACGUGUCGUCGCUCAUCCGGGACCUCGACCCUGCGGGCACCAAGUACUUUGACGCCUUGGAAUGCUUCUUCCGUCCCUUUUACAGUCGGCUGCCCAACUACCAGACAGGGCACGCGGACUGUACUCCUACCGCGAUCCUUGCCACGGACUGGCACGGCGACGACCUGGCCGGCAACGGCUCUUACACCAACUUCCAAGUCAGUGAGGCGGUGACGGUGACAGCACGGAAUGGUGGCAUGUACGAAGAAGGCCAGGAGAAGCAGGAGUCCCGAGAGAUCCAUCUAGACCUUGACAUCAGAGUGAUGAGAUCAGGCUUGCCUGAAAGAGGUGUUUGGUUUGCUGGAGAGCACACAGCACCGUUUGUCGCUCUUGGGACCACGACAGGUGCAUAUUGGAGCGGAGAGUCGGCGGCGUCGCGCAUCCUGGCUGCUAACGGCAUCGUGAGUGGAACUGGUGCGACACCGUCCGAUGACACCAGCUGA